ACACAGGCAAUGCGUAGCCCACUCAUUAGUCUUUUUUUUUUUUUUAAAUUUUUUUUCAUUUUUUAAAUUAGGAACUGUAAACCCUAAUCCUAAAAGUUUACCGUCUUUCAUAAUCAGUUCGUCACCGUGCCACCGUUUCCGUCCACCAACGGCGCCGCCGUUCUCAUCCGCCAGACGAGUCCCGGUGCCUGCUGUUCAUUAUUGUUCAUCAAUCUUUCCUUCCCCACGCAAGUUGUUGGAGCAGUACUAGCGGGCUCCUCAUGAUUUUUACACAUUGCAGCAUUAGCACUGCUACCUGACUUGCUCUCAGCUUGGAGAACUUUGGGCUUUCAAUCAAUCAAUGUUUGUCCAUUUUAGUUUGUGGGUAAAAUAACUUGGCACUAUCACCGGUGCUUGGGUUUCUGAUUGGCCAUGGCAGAUUUUCUGACCUCUACUCACCGAGCUAAGUGGAUUUUCUCACCGCAACAGCUGGUUGAGAAAUAUAGAGCUGCUAAUCAAAGAGCCAAACAAAUUCUAGAGAAGUGUGGAGCAACUCUAAUGGAAAUAGAUGUUGAUGGUUCAUUGUCGUAUCCUGAAUCCCAGAUGACUGCAAAGGACAAUGCUGAAAAGCAUUCUCGGACAAAACCUCUUAGUGUUGAAGAAGAGCAAUGUAUAAGAGUAUUUUAUGAAAACAAGCUACAAGAAGUAUGUAAAAAUUUCCACUUCCCUCAUAAGAUACAGGCAACAGCCCUUAUCUAUUUUAAAAGAUUCUAUCUGCAAUGGUCAGUGAUGGAACAUCAACCAAAACAUAUAAUGUUGACCUGCAUAUAUGCUGCUUGUAAGAUAGAAGAAAAUCAUGUGUCAGCUGAGGAGCUUGGUAAGGGGAUUUCACAGGAUCAUCAAAUGAUUCUCAAUAAUGAGAUGAUAGUUUAUCAGAGUUUGGACUUUGAUCUUAUUGUUUAUGCACCCUAUCGCUCGGUUGAAGGUUUUAUAAAUGAUAUGGAGGAAUUUUGCAAUGCUGGUGACGAUCAGCUUCAAAUGCUCAAGACUUUGCAAGAUACAGCAAGAUUGGAAAUUGAUAAAAUGAUGCUCACUGAUGCACCACUUUUAUUUCCUCCUGGGCAGUUGGCCUUGGCUGCUUUGCGCAACUCAAAUGCACUCGGUAAAGUUAUUGACUUUGAUAGUUAUCUGAGCAGCAUUUUUUCCCGUCAGAAUUCCAUGCAUACAAUGUCUGAGCUUUUUGAAUCAUUGAAUGCCAUUGAUUCUUGGGUUAGAAAAUACAAAAGUCCUUCGGAGAAGGAAUUGAAGCAUAUCAACAGAAAACUGAAGUCUUGCUGGGGUCACAGCUCUCAUGACGAGGGCAAAAAGCGGGAGAAGAAAUCAAAGCACAAGUCCAAAAAGAGUUCAAAUGAAGCAACAUAACAUCUCUUGUCUAGCUAUAUAUUCCUUUCAGUUGAGCUACUUAUCUUCUGAAUUUUGGAUGGCAAUUUUUAUGUUUCUGUUUGGACAUGAAGGAUGAUCUGUUGUCUAUAUAUUCUCUCAUCCUAGAUCCAAGAGCGUUAGUGAGUCUGAUUUAUUGAUAUUGUUACUACACUUAUGGCCCUCAGUUGCUGUUUGUAUGAUUUGUUUACGCUCAAAUGAAUUUAUUGCCUCAAAUAAUAUGGUGUACGAAAAUGCUUCAAUUAAUACUCUGUGCUCACGUGGUGUUUUGAAGUGUUUUUAAUAUUUUAUUGUUG